GAUGAAGAGGGCAUGGUGAAAACCAACAAGCUUCAUGCGUCAUUGGCAGCCUAUGCUAAUGUAAACCGUCGCUAUCUGACAGAUGGAGUCUUGAUGGUGUCAAUGGAUGACGUGCCUCCCUUUCGGGAGAGUGAGCGUCACGUGGAGAUCUCAGCAGUGGAGCGGUAUCCCCAUGGUCUGAAGUAUCUUCUAGAAGUCACUAAAUCAAUUAGCAUGUCAGACGAUACUCACGUCUCCCGCCUCAAUGAUCUGAGUCGUUUGAAUAUGCUGGAGGAAUGCAAGCUCCAGCGAUGUCAUCGGGUGGUGCAUGUCUUUUAUGAUCUGUGGCUAGGGUGGAGUCUGGAGAAUGCACUUGUCUCUCAUCUAAAAAGUCUGACACAUUUCUACAAAGAUUCGGAUUUUGAUUAUCAUUUCCAUGCACUGAAGCACCUCCGGCUGGAGCAUUGCCCGAGGUUGGAAUGCGUCAUGCCACGUGGAUCUGCGCUGCCAAGUCUCGUGACGCUCGACAUCCUCUUCUGCUACAAUCUCAAGGCAAUUUUCUACUACAAUAGAGACUGGUCUUCUAGUUUCGAGCUCCCAUGUCUUCGGAGGAUACACCUCCAGGAGCUGCCCCUGCUGGAGCAUCUUCGCGACGACGACGCCGUCCUGGCCGCGCCCGCGUGGGAGGAGCUCCACGUCCGCGGGUGCUGGAGCUUGCGCCGCCUCCCGCGCCUCAUCAACCGACGCCGUCCUGGCCGCGCCCGCGUGGGAGGAGCUCCACGUCCAGGUAAGAAGGUCGUGACGGUGAGCGGGGAGCGGGCCUGGUGGACCAAGCUCCGCUGGGACGACUCGCACCGCAAGAGCUAUGAGCCCAGGCUUCCCCCGGCAUCCGCCUCCAUCCGCGAGCGCGUCAUCAUCAAGAGCUACCUCAGGUGAAGGAACUGAGCCAUGCCCAAGCCGCAAGCUCAUCCUCAGCAACCUCCGCCUCCAAUCUCAUGCGCCCGUCCAGAGUUUCACCAUGCCCGCCCGCCGGCGUCGAUCUCCAUUUAUUCCAAAUAAGAGGUUUGGUUUGUCUGCUGGCUGCUUCAUCGUCCGGCCGGCGCAUCCAAGCAGUGUGACAGCAGCUCAACCAGAUUGCAGUGUUUGAUGCUUCAACGUGUGUUUUCUAGUGUUGUGUGCUUGCUUUGAUCAGCUCGUGCAGUGACUUCGAUUUGCUUGCCCGUGUGAAACUUGGUGUGUCUGUUUUAAUUUGUUCGUUCUCAUUCAUAAUCAGCAUGGCCACCUCGGCGUGCUAAAUUGUGUGCGUUUGCUGCAGUACGUGUUGUUGAACUUGCUGUUAUUAUUUGAUUAUAUACAUAUGGAUUGAAUUGGUAUGUAA